AUGUGUUUUGUCCCUGAAAGUUCGGUCGGAAUUAAAGACGACCCGUUUUACCACCUGAAAAACUACUACCUGAAGUUGUGGGGGCAAAGAGAUCGGAUAAUGUUUCUGUGUUACAUAAUCUUCAUAUUAAAGCUUCUGGGUUUCGUGGCAAGAACAGUGUUCAUUGCAAAGUCAAUGAAUAACAAUGAGGUCAUUCUAGAAAUAUCGGCAAUCUAUCCGAUCCCACUCCUUGCUGUAGUCAAAAUGGCAUUUCUCCUCAUCUACCGGAAACAGGUCCACUUUUUAUUCGAAACCGUCGCCACAAAAUUUUGGCACAUCGAUCUAGGAGGCAUGGUCUUGCACAACUACUGGAGGAAGAGGUUUUUCCUGAUCAACUGUCUCCUUCUAACACACUGUGUCACCAGCAGCUUAUACGUAUUUCUACACCUGGCCUUCCCGGAUGGUUCCAUUCCAGAAGGUCGUACCAAAUGGUUGCCCACACUGGUCUCUCUCCCGUUUAAUCCAGACCCCAGCCCGCUCUACCAAAUCAUGUUUUUCCUCCUAACCUGGAAUAUGUUCAUCUCUGUCUUCGGAAACGGCUUUUUUGACUUUUUUUUUGUUUACGCCGCACAACAUUUGUGUGCGCAGUUUAUGGUGCUGAAGAUGGUUUUGAAAAAAUUGGAGUUUGGGGUGAUGGAGCAUUGUGAUGACGUGGAUAAAUUUAAUUCGGGGAGGUUUCAGGAAGAGGUUUACGGCAGGCUGGCGGUGUGUAUAAAGCAUCAUACUUUGUUACUGAGGUAUGGAAACGAGUUGAAGAAUCUCUCGUCCAUCAUCUUCGGGGUGCAGCUGUUGACCACGCUUCUGACUCUCGUGCUCAUGGGUUACACUCUGUCAGAGAAUUUAGAAGAACUGGCAAAAUCCACAAUGCUCCUCAGCUUCGUGUUUUCUUCGAUCAUGCAGUUCACGAUCUUCGCGGUCCAGAGCGCCGACAUCCACGAUCAGAGCGCUUCGGUCGCUGAAGCUGCUUACCAAUGCAACUGGCAUCUCUUCAACGCGAAAGCAAAAAGAGGACUGACUCUACUCAUCAUGAAUUCACAAAAGGGAAUUAGCAUGUAUGGGGCAGGACUGGUCGCUAUGGAUAACGAAGUUAUUGUUAAAAUGGCCCAGAAGGUUUUUUCGUUCAUUACGCUGCUUAGAUCGCUGGACGAGCAAAGAUCGGUUAAUAAGUAGUGACUUAGUUACGUAUAGACUUGACUUAAGUCGCUACUUAAGUAAAUGUACACUUGAUGCGUUAUUCAGUGAACGCACGAAAAUGCUGUCACGGUUCACGGUUGUUGGUUUAUGUUUUGCUAAUACCUUUUUCACAGGAAGUUGGUAUCUUGUACGUACAAAUGUAACGUUUGAAUGACCCUCGACUAUGUGCACUAUAGAAUAGAU